AUUGGAUCAAACAUGUCACAAGAGUCGGACAAGUAAGUGGAUCACACGCGCCGGCUGCUGCUACCACCACUUUGGGCUGAUGGCAACUGUAAUAAACGACUGGUGGCCUUAGUGCCCAUGCCCAGUGACCCUCCGUUCAAUACACGAAGAGCUUACACCAGUGAAGAUGAAGCCUGGAAGUCGUAUCUGGAGAAUCCCCUGACGGCAGCCACCAAGGCGAUGAUGAGUAUUAAUGGUGACGAAGACAGUGCUGCCGCGCUUGGUCUGCUGUAUGAUUACUACAAGGUUCCUCGAGACAAGAGGCUGCUGCCUGUAAGUAAAGCAAGUGACAGUCAAGAAGACCAGGAUAAAAGAAACUGUCUGGGCACUGGUGAAGCGCAGAGUAAUGUGACUGGAGGAGAAAACCGCGUGCAGGUCCUCAGGACGGUGCCCGUGAACCUUUCCCUGAACCAAGAGCAGCACCUGGACAGUCCCAAGCGCGAGGCCUACAGUGCCAGCGUCCCCGAGAGCCCAGCGGCUGUGCCCGUGUCCGGCGUCACCGUGGUGAAAACCGAGGAGUUCACGCCAGUCUUCAUGGCCCCGCCGAUGCACUACUCCCGGGGGGACAGCGACGAGCACCGUGUGGUCAUCUACGAGCAGUCUCAGUACGACGUGUCCUCCAUAGCUGUGGCGCACAGCACCUAUCUCAAGGAUGACCAGCGCAGCACCCCGGACAGCACCUACAGCGAGAGCUUCAAAGACGGGCCCGCAGAGAAAUUUCGGAGUGCUUCAGUUGGGGCUGAGGAGUACAUGUAUGACCAGACUUCAAGUGGCACGUUUCAGUACACCCUGGAAGCCACCAAGUCUCUCCGUCAGAAGCAGGGGGAGGGCCCCAUGACCUACCUCAACAAAGGACAAUUCUAUGCUAUAACCCUCAGUGAAACUGGGGACAACAAGUGCUUCAGACACCCGAUCAGCAAAGUCAGGAGCGUGGUGAUGGUGGUCUUCAGCGAAGACAAGAACCGGGACGAACAGCUGAAGUACUGGAAGUACUGGCACUCCCGCCAGCACACAGCCAAGCAGAGGGUCCUCGACAUCGCUGAUUACAAGGAAAGCUUUAAUACGAUUGGGAACAUUGAAGAAAUUGCAUAUAAUGCUGUUUCCUUCACCUGGGAUGUGAAUGAAGAGGCCAAGAUUUUUAUCACUGUGAAUUGCCUGAGUACAGAUUUCUCCUCCCAAAAAGGAGUGAAAGGACUUCCUUUGAUGAUUCAGAUUGAUACCUACAGUUAUAAUAAUCGUAGCAAUAAACCUAUUCAUAGAGCUUAUUGCCAGAUCAAGGUCUUCUGUGACAAAGGCGCAGAAAGGAAAAUUCGAGAUGAAGAGCGAAAGCAGAACAGGAAGAAAGGGAAAGGCCAAGCCUCCCAAACGCAAUGCAACAACUCCUCUGAUGGGAAGCUGGCAGCCAUACCUUUACAGAAGAAGAGUGACAUCACCUACUUCAAAACCAUGCCUGAUCUGCACUCACAGCCGGUUCUCUUCAUCCCGGACGUUCACUUCGCAAACCUGCAGAGGACAGGACAGGUGUAUUACAACACGGACGACGAACGAGAAGGCAGCAGUGUUCUUGUCAAACGGAUGUUCAGGCCAAUGGAAGAAGAGUUUGGUCCGACACCUCCUAAACAGAUUAAAGGAGAAGGGAUGAAGCGAGUGCUUCUGUACGUGAGGAAGGAGACCGACGACGUGUUCGAUGCUUUGAUGUUGAAAUCUCCCACGGUGAAGGGCCUGAUGGAAGCGAUAUCUGAGAAAUACGGGCUGCCAGUGGAGAAGAUUGCAAAACUUUACAAGAAAAGCAAAAAAGGCAUCUUGGUGAACAUGGAUGACAACAUCAUUGAGCACUACUCAAACGAGGACACUUUCAUCCUCAACAUGGAGAGCAUGGUGGAAGGCUUUAAGAUCACGCUCAUGGAAAUCUGAACCCUGGUCCUCUCAAGUCCUUCAGUAGGUGCUCUCAGAACCCUCGUCCCUGGGAGAGACAGAAGCCCCGAUCCCAAAUCUGCAGAUCCAACUCAUCAAUCUUACAACUGCUGUUACAAGACUGCUUUGGGCACAGGGG